AUGGCAGCUUAUACCGGGAACUCGGACCCUUGCGAUCACCUGUCACGGUUCAACCAAGUCAUGACAGUCAUGAGAGUCAACAAUGACGCCAAGUGUUUAUGCUUCUUGCUUACUUUAAGCGGGUCCGCAAAAGAAUGGUUCAAGAAACUGGAGCCAGGAUCCGUGGGCUGCUGGACUAAGCUGCAAACCAGUUUCUGGAGGAAGUUUGUCGCUGCAAGAAAAGUUAUUCUGGAGAAAGUCGAUGACAGACAACAGCUCGCUCUUCUUCAAGCAGGCAUCCGUACAGGGACUCUGUUUUGGAACGAGUUACAGCAAGAAGGAGCCUCCAACCUUCAUGAAUUCCAGAAAACAGUCCAAAAGUACAUCAACCUAGAAGAGGCCCAAAUAGUGGCCUACGGGGGAUACUACCCUACUGGGAUAGCGGGAUAUGUACCCGGAGCUCAGCUCCCAGGAACCUUACCAACAGCUGUUCCACCGAUGAGCGGCAUACAAUUUUCCGCUACCCCUGAAUAUAGUCAGGGUCAGGCCUUAGCCCCUGCGUCUUCUCAUUUUAGGAACUCGUCUGGGAUAAGCGGACAAGCCCCAUCUCACUCCGCUCCGACCGCAAGCUUAGAAGGUCCCUCUCAAGGCUCUCAGAGCAAGAGGUCCUCAAAAGGCAGCAACCGGACAGAGGAUAAGCGGCAGAAAAGGGGGUACACUCUUCAAUAUACCCAGUACACGGGGCUAACAGACUCCCAAGAGCGUGUGUAUUUCGCUACUAGGAAAAACACGCACUACCGGAGACCACCUCCUCUGUACAGGGAUAGCUCCCAGAGGGAUUCCAAUAAAAGAUGCGAGUAUCACAAAAACAUUGGGCAUAGCACCAAUGAAUGCAAAAACCUCAAGGACGAGAUCGAAAACUUCAUCCGGUUGGGACAUCUUUACGAAUGGAUCAAGAAUCCGUUGCCUCACCUCAAUCCGGUUCAGGCAACAUGA